UAUGCGUAUAUAUAUAUAUAUAUAUAUAUCCCACACCGCAACACGCUUUUGCGUGUGCGCGCGUAUCGCGAUAAUAUUUUCCCUUCCUUUUCGCGCGUUACAGAAAAUUCUUCAUUGUCUACACAGCUAAUUAUGAACUUUCACAGACGAUAAAUUGCCGUGUGUGUCGUAGGUGAGGAGGAUGGAGCCGAUAAGCGAUAUGGCAAUCAAAACAAGGCUUGCGUCAGCCAUCCACCAGUUAUCGGACGGCAUCGUCGAGAAUCAACUGUCGUAUAGAGAAUCACUCAGCUGUGUGAUAAGCAAACCGAAGAUCCAGCUGUCAGAACUGACGGAAAACAUCAAGGCAGCCGAAAGCAGCUAUGACGCCAUCAAGAUGCAGUGGGACCGUAUGAAGUCGUUACACGUAGCGGAGGAAAGCGAGCUAACCGUCAACCAUGACGGCAAAUCAGCUUCGUCGCUCGGAAGUAGUCUGGAAGUCGAGGAAUCGAAGCAGUCGAUCGAGGAGGGCGAAUAUAGGAAUCGAGUUCAGGUCGUUCUUACCCCAAGGUCACAGAACAACAACAACAACAACAACGAGGGGGACGUCCUGACGCCGAGGUCGCAGAACGACAACAACGUGGAAGUGCUCGUCCCUAGUCUCGAUAUCAAAGGCGCUGGAGUCAGUCUGGACAGUAUCAAGACUAACAAGCGAACGAAGAAAGUUCUGAGGUCGAAGAGGAAGCAGCAGGUCAGCGAUGACAUGCUGAAGACAUCGCUCAUUUACACGGCUCCGACGAGAAAGAAGAAGAUGCACGGGAGGCUGAAAAAUUCCAACUCGAAGAGCACCAUUGCCACCAGGGAAACGAGAUUCUCGGAUAGGAGGAGAUUCAGGCGGCAGAAAAGCUGCGACACGUUCCAAGCGCCGCAAUUCAAAAAGCGCGCCAACGCACUGAAAGCUCGGGUCGAGCCCAAAGCUCCUAAAGCUUUCGUCAGGGCGUACCCCAACGUCGGGAGCAUGUCCGCCGUUUCCAGUAGACAGUCGAAACUCAGGCCUGUGGCGAAUCAUCGCUUCCACGAAGAAACGAUCGAGCUCGUAGGCGAUACCGUGGAUACGUCCACCGUGGCCAAGCAGCGCAUCGAAGCAGAGCGUUCGAAUGCGGAGGAAAAAUUAGAGGACAGUAAGGACAAUAGUCAGGCGCGAGUGAAGGAAGCGACGCAAGAGCUUUACGAGCCGUUUUGUCAGAGGAACUACGAGAUGCCAACGAUGGCGUCGAAGAUGAAACGAGUUCAUCGGCCUUACUAUCACCGCUUCGACAUUCGCAACAUUCCCUUCGUCGUCGGGACGUCGAUCAGUCCUAGUCACAAUCUAGGCCUGAACAUCCAACAGGUCUUGGGUAUGAUAAAAAUCCGGCAACCUACUGUACCAGGAAUAAGCUCAUUACUGAUUCGCAACGUCAGCAGAGGCACAAGGCAGGUCUCGAUGCUGUUCGAGCAGAUAAACAGCGAGUUCACGCGCUCCUGUCGCAAUCUUUCUUGUCACGAUGCCAAUCGCGACCAGAAGAGCCGAUUCGAAUCUAAUCACGACAUGGGCACUUUUUCCUGCGAACACCUCAGGUCCAACAAUCUGGCGGGUCGGGCACCUUUCAAUAAGCAGAAUCUCGCCUGUGAGCCUCUGUACGAAGAGGACGAGGAAUCCCAGUCAACCACCUCGGAUUACCGUGUCAAAAAUCAAGCUCCGCACCGUCAGGAAGAUAAGCCAACUGCGUCUCGAAAACAGAGCCACAGGCUGAUUCUGGCCGAAGACGCAUCAGCUGGUGACUCAAUGGCCGGACGCGCCAAGUUCAAUUACGCGUGCAAUAACAAGGAAAUGAUGGAAGUUUUCACGAGGCUCUCCGAGCAGUUCGAAAAGAUGAUCACGCAGCACGACAAGCUGAAAGAACAGUUGGACAAGCGCAAAGACAACAAGUCGUUGGCGAAGGAAGUGGACGAGAUGGAGGAGGCGAUCAGGGACAAGGAGAAGGAGAUCACGGCUCUGGUGCACCUUUACAACGAGGUCAUGUCGCUGAAGCAGCAGAUGCGACAGCUUCACGAGCGCAACAGCCUCGUCUGCAUAGCGUCGGAGGAUCCGGGAUUCCGUCAUGUCACGAGGUCACGGUCUCGAACUGCUCCUUCGCUUGGCUCCAAAAGCCACAUCGGUCACACACCGAACGCCCUGAGACUCGCCGGUUUGCUCAGGCAAAUUCAAGCUUUUCAGAGACAACUGACGCUGGCGUGAACGAGACGGUUUUUUUUUUGUACACACAUUGUCGCGUGAUCUGUUUUGUAAUCAGAGUCUCGUUCUUGUGCGUGGCGUUCUCGUUUUUUUCCGUCCGACAAAAAGAUCGAAUAAAUUUGCAGAUCAACAAUCCACCA